CCCAAUCGCAACAGUUUCACUGCGCCAGUACAAUACCUGUCCCGCACCGCCCGAGCCAGAACAGCGACAGGCCCUCGCGCCGAGCCAGCCGCGGCGUUGCCGGCGGGCAAUGGGAGCUGGGCGGCGGCGGUGAUGGGCGCGGCGAGCUCCAGGCUGGAGAAAGCGCUGGGCGAGCAGUUCCCCGAGGGCGAGCGCUACUUCGGCCUCGAGAACUUCGGCAACACAUGCUACUGCAACAGCGUCCUGCAGGCACUUUAUUUCUGCGUUCCUUUCCGUGAUCAAUUGCUGGAGUACUAUGCAAGCAAUAAAAGCACUGGAGAUGGUGAAGAGAACAUGCUAACCUGCCUGGCUGAUCUGUUCUCUCAGAUCAGUAAUCAGAAGAAGAAAACUGGAGUUAUUGCUCCUAAGCGUUUUAUACAACGAUUGAAGAAACAGAAUGAAAUUUUCCGCAGUUAUAUGCAUCAGGAUGCUCACGAGUUUCUGAAUUUUUUACUGAAUGAGCUCGUUGACAUUCUAGAGAAGGAACAUAAUGCUGCAAAAGAGUCUCUUCAAAAUAUUUCGUUGCAAAAGAAUUCAAAUGGCCCUAUUAAUGGCCAACCCAAUGGUAGUCACAAAGAAUUAGCUGCUACAUGGGUCCAUAAAUGCUUCCAGGGAAUAUUAACUAAUGAAACAAGAUGUCUGAGAUGUGAAACUGUGACAGAUAGAGAUGAAACAUUUUUUGAUCUGAGCCUGGACAUUGAACAGAAUAGUUCAAUAACCAGCUGUCUGAAGAAUUUCAGCUCGACAGAGACUUUGAAUGCUGAGGAUAAGUUCUUCUGUGACAAAUGUUGCAGUCUACAGGAAGCUCAGAAAAGAAUGAAGAUAAAGAAACCACCAAAUAUCCUGGUAAUUCAUCUCAAGCGUUUCAAGUAUAUUGAGCAGCUUCAGCGCUACAAAAAGCUAUCUUACCGAGUGGUUUUCCCUCUGGAGCUUAAACUUCUCAACACUGUUGACAACUCAGACUUGGAAUACUCCCUUUUUGCUGUGGUAGUUCAUGUUGGAAGUGGGCCGAAUCAUGGCCACUAUAUCAGCUUGGUUAAGAGCCACAAUCAUUGGUUAUUCUUCGAUGACGAGAAUGUUGAGAUGACUGACGAGUCCAUGGUACAGGCAUUCUUUGGCUCACCACAAGAGUUCAGUGGCAACACUGAUAAUGGCUACAUUCUCUUCUAUGAAAGCCUUGCAGAAAAAAGUUGAUGUGCUUCUGAUACCAUGUAAUUAGUUAUAUACUUCUCCUUUCCUUCCGAACGCUUUCUUCACCUAAUGAUAUAGAAUAUGCAGUGCAAAGUAAAAAAAAAAAGCUAGAAUAAGCAGAAUGUGAGACCAUCAGCUUCAAAUGUUAUGGUGCAAUCAACGCUUGGCAAUAAAACAUGUUUCCUGGAGGGGCUAUAGGCUAUAGGUGCAGAGGCCCACUUAGUUUGUAGUUCCUGUUUCUUUCAUCUAGUUCUUUGCAUACAGGUUGUAUCAAUUCCAGAAUAAUGUUUGUUGAGAACCUUUAUUGUCAUGUAAAGAGAUGUUAUCUUGGAAGCCAUUUGGCUUCAGGUAAAAAUUUUGUUUCUAAGAUAAAAAGCUUCUACCGAUCCUCA